UAGUAGCUACGGUAGCUUACAGUAGCUCAGUUUACUUAACCAAGAAAAUUUGUGUUUGAAAUGUGUUCUUUCAACGCUAAUUAAAAUGGAAUCAUCCAAGGAACUGCUAGAAAAGCUCUUAACUGACGAAGUCUUGGACAGUUUAAUUCAAGACACGGCCUGUUUGCAAACUUUGAAACCCCUUCUUGAAGUCAAGCACGAACGGAUCAUUGGGGGCCAGUGUGAGAAAAUCACCUUGUCUUUGAACUCCCUUUACGACAGUGAUGUAGAUGUAGAUUUGGCAGCAGAAAUUUUAAAACGUGCUUUAUACGUUACGCGAGAUAAUACUCUUUUGUCGCAAACCCAGUCUUUCUGCUUAAGCAAAUUGCAGUCAAGUCGAAGCCUUGACGAACUUUAUUACUGUUGCAAUUUGUUAAACGUACUUUUUGAGUAUUAUAAGAGCGAAAAACUGGCUCUAAUGGAAUGGAAAAGUGACGAGUUUUCCAAUGGGAUUUUAAAUACUUUGGUAGCUUCAUCAAAACCUUUGUUCACUUUUGUUACGAUUUAUUUACUACCUAACUACUUUACUGUGUGUAGUCGGAACAAUAAGAAUUUGUUUUUAGAAAAUGCGUUUAAAUUUAUCAGGGAUAAUAAAAGACUGGACUUUUUGUGUGUAUUGUGGGCCCAUUUCAUUCCUGUUGAUUUAACUAGCAAUAAUUUCAAUGUUUUGAAAGUUGAUGAGUUUUGGAAACUCGUAAUCGAGUCUUUAUCAACCCAGUCACAAAAACAAGCGAUUUAUUUGUUAUCCAAAAGUACCGAAAUUGCGUUCAAACCCGAAAAUAUCCCCCACAUUCCCAAUUACCUAAAAGUCGAAAAUGAGUCUGAAAUUGAAAAAAUCUGGCGCAACUAUUUCACUCUCCUCGAUGUUUCAAACGAGAAACAGUUGCAUUUUAUCGAGCCUUCUUUGCACAUGUUGGGGUCCAUUAAACAUUUGCAAAUUGAAUGGAGAUUAUGCUUGUACAAAAUUCUUCUAAACCACUCACAAACAAGUGUUGUUUACAGUGUAGCUAAUUUUAUCAUAGAAAACGAAAAUGUUUGGCAAGAUUUUUCAAAAAUAUUAGAAAAUUUAUUACACGCUGUCAACAAACACGAAUGUAAUGAACAGUCUAAAAGCGUGUUUCGAAAAAUUGGAAUUUAUUGCUCAAAACUUAACGAAUUUCAAUUUCAACAAUUUUUAGUUGAUUGUAUGAACCCGGCUUGGACCCCCUCGGCUCUUUGGGGUUUAUUUAGCAAUAUUUUCACCGACGAAAUGAAUUUCCAAAUUUCGUUUGAACUGUUUUCUAAGAUAAUUAAAAAAAUUAAAGUGCUUCCACACAAAUUUAUAAGGGAAUCGUGCACACGAAUUGUCUUUCAACAUUUUAUUAGAAAUCACACUCUCGAAUCGGUCGACGAUGUUUUCAAAAUUUCGAUUUUACUUUACGAUUUUAACGAAGCUUUAUUUCGGGAUUUUAUUACAAAAAAUGCCCAAAAUAUUCUUAAUUUUAAGGAUGAACUUUGUGAUAAAUUUCAAGCCUGUGAUGAAUGGGUUGAAAUUAAAGUCAGAAUUUUCCAAAUUUUAAAAAUCAAAAUUCCAGUGUUUCCUGUUACUCCGACCCAGCAAAAUGAUUUAAUUUUUGGUUUCCUGCUUGAAGAUGUUGAAACGUCCGUAUUAGAGAAAUAUGUGAUAAGUCGAAUAGAAUCAGUGCUUGAAACUGACGAUAUCUCGGCUCUGUUAAACAUUUUGUUAAAAUUCACGACACCAAAAUUGUGUGAAAAUGCCGAAAUUAUUCUGUCACGGCAACAAUACAACCCCAGUCAAAAAAUAAUAGCACUUGGAAUACUUAAACAAAAUCGCAACUCAAUCACUUUUUGCAAGAAUCUUGGCAAAAAAUCUGACCCACUUACUACAUCCAUUGUAAAAAUUUUACUCAAUUCUUUGCACGAUAAUUCCAGUGAAAUUACCGAUUGUAUUAAUUUUUUCGAAGCUGUGUUUGAUAAGCAAAGUAACGCAACAAUUACAAUCCUCGAGAACAUAUCCGUUAUUUUAAAAUUCAUUGACCGCGACUUUGUGUUCGAUUUUUUCAUACUGUGUCUGAACGAAUUUUUGAAUUUACACAAAAGUGGUAAUUUCCGAACCACAGCAAGCGUGUUUUUGAAACAAAUAUUUGAAGCACAGUUUUUCGAAAAUGGUAGGUUUUGUAACGCAAUUUUCGAUUUCGUCAAAAAAUUGUUGCCACUUGCAAACACCGCGAACUCUGUUACUUAUUGUCUCGCAAAAAUGAUCCGAUCUGUGUGCCAACAAAACCCCCAAAUGGGCCUAAUAUUUGUCCCUGUAAUCGCUGAACUAAUCUUACAUGGAAUUGUGAUUAGUAAAAAUGAACGGGUUGAAUAUAAUGUGUGUCAGGAGAUAUACUCCAAGUUGGGGAAAAUCGAGAAUAAUCCAAAUUUUGAAGAAAUGUCAGUACGGUUGACUGCGUUAGAUACGAUGCUAGAUUUAAUUAACAAUCCCAGUUUGGAGACUGAAGUAGUGGUCAGUCAAUUCGUUUCAGUGUUGAUUGAAAAAUACAACGAAUAUUUUUCAAAAAGAUAUUUCCCCGAUUCGCUGAUCCAUUUCCAAAAAUUACGAAUAAUGCAAACCUUGUUACUGUUACAUGAACACAUAAAAGCCGAAAAAACACCUUUGGUAAAUCUUUUAAUUAAAAGUUUUUUACUGGAAAGUCACCAACCAUCGGUGAAACAUUUGAUGCAAUGGCUUUUGAUAAGUUUACUACAAACCGAUAGUGACGUUUUUAUUCAAACAAUUAACAACAACCUUAAAUCAGUUAAUAAUAAUCGACCGUCAACAACUUCUGGCUUUAUCCCAAUACUUUAUAACUUAGUAACUCUCCAACGUGAGGCACAGUGGGAACAAGUUACUGAAAUGCUUUUGCCUUACACCAUGGGACCACAGUUCAAGCUUCGCAUUUUUUCCCAAGUCGCUUUAGUAAAGCUGUACGAAAAAGCGAAAGAUAAAAGACUAGACAGUUUUACCGAAAAAUAUAAAAUUCUGUACAAUUCGCUCAAACAAGUGCUCGCAGCUACGAAUUCCGUUUACGACUCUGACACGAUACAACACGAAUUUCUCGAUUUUAUUAAUUUGUCACAGUGCGACUGUUCGACGAUAUUUUACUUGAUUCCGAGGAAAAACGCAGUUUCAGCCACAGAAUGGGAAAAUUUAAAAACCGUAUCCGACUGGGAACACUUCAAAUUUAUUUCAUUCAACCAUUCUGACAACAAUAUUCAAGAAACUUACGCACCGAUAACAACCCACACGAUUGCUAGUGACAAUAUUCAAAAGAAAAUUACACCGUGGAAAGAUUUUUUAAGUACCAGUCCAUCGCAGGAAAAUAAUUUCAUAUUAGUGACAACACUAAUUGAGAAAUCGACAAAUCUGGGCGGUUUAUCCCGAACUUGUGAGGUUUUUGGCAUCAAACAAAUCGUCAUGAGGACGGCUAAAAUCAUCUCUGAUAAAGAAUUCAAAAGUUUGAGCAUGUCGUCGGAGAAUUCGGUCGAGAUUUUGGAAGUGAAGCCUGAAGAUUUGGCGAGUUUUAUUCUCAACAUGAAGGCACAAGGGUACAGUGUUGUCGGUGCCGAACAGACUUCGGAAAGUGUGAAGUUGGAUGCGUUCCGAUUUGACAAAAAAACAGUCCUUGUGCUAGGAAAUGAAAAAGAAGGGAUUCCGCCUGAUUUAAUCCCACUUCUUGACCAUUGUAUCGAAAUACCGCAGUUCGGACUCGUCCGUUCUUUGAACGUCCACGUCGCUGGGGCCAUAGUCAUUUGGGAGUAUUGCAAACAACACAGAUUGUAACAUAUUUUAUUAAAGAAUAAAUACAUAAUUUAAUGCGA